AUGGACCCGCGAUUGGCGCUAGAGCUAGAGGAUGAGCGGGAAGACGUCGAAGCGCGUCUGCAGAAAAUACAGGAGGAGGUAGAAUCGCUGCUAGAAGAGCAGGAGCAGCUAAUCAAGAGACGCGAGGAGAUUAACUCCAGACUAGAGGCGUCAGCUGCGGCUGCAGCCGCGUGGGCUGCUGCUAAUAACGCGAAUGCUAAUAGCGAAGCUGCCAGUGAGAGCAAAAAUGAUUUUAACAGGAACGCUGGUAAUGGUGGUGAUGGUGGUGGUGGUGCAAAAUCUGAGCAAGGAGUAGCAGUGGGUGUGGGGGGGUCAAGAGGAGUAGGAGGAUCAGGAGGAACAGGGGGAGCAGGAGGAGGAGCGGGAGGAGGAGCAGGUGCAGCAGGGUUGGGAUCGGUGGCGAGGUGGCAAGCUCCCUUUGAAUGGGACGCCCAGGUGGCUGCGGUUGGGCGAGAUGUGUUUGGGAUCGGACGGUUCAGAUCGCAGCAGAGGGAGGUAAGGGAGAAGGCUCGGAAGCAGGGACGUCCUGUGCAAACGGGACGUGUUUGUGGUCAUUCCGGCAGGGGGGGACAGGAGCUUCUGCUACCAGCUGCCAGCACCACUGUCCUCAGUCAACCUGUCCAUAGCACUCUCCUUUCUCCUCCCUGCUUCUCCCCUCCAGCAGUGCUUCUCCCCUCCUCUCAGAUCAUCAAUACGAUCAUCAAUGCAGUCCUGUGCAAGAGGGAUGUGUUUGUCAUCAUGCCAGCAGGGGGCGGGAAGAGCCUCUGCUACCAGCUGCCAGCGCUGCUAUCUGCACUGCUCACUUUCUGCCCUGCUGCCCUGCUGCAAUGCUUGCUUAUCGUUCUCCUCUCCCUUCGUCCCUCCCCUCAUCAGAUCAUCAACGCCGUGUUGUGUAAACGAGAUGUGUUUGUCAUCAUGCCAGCAGGGGGCGGGAAGAGCCUCUGCUACCAGCUGCCUGCACUGCUAUACCCAGGCAUCUCCCUGGUCGUCAGCCCACUUUUGUCGCUCAUUCACGACCAGGUCAUGUGCCUGUCAGGCUUUGGCGUGCCAGCGGCCAUGCUCACAUCUACAACGUCCAAAGACGAGGAGAGGGCUUUGGGGUGCCGAGUGAAGCUGCUAUACGUGACUCCUGAGAAGGUGGCGAGGAGCAAGCGGUUCAUGUCCAAACUGGAGAAGUGCCACGCUGCUGGGAGGCUGUCAUUGAUUGCCAUAGAUUGCUCAUGCGGUAACCGCACCUCACUGCUAUACGUCACUCCUGAGAAGGUGGCACGCAGCAAGCGGUUGAUGUCGAAGCUGGAGAAGCGCCAUGCUGCUGGGAGGCUCUCAUUGAUUGCCAUAGAUGUGAGUGCUGGCACGCAGAGGCGCACUGCUGCAGCCAGUGGGGGCAUGACUUUUGUCCCUGACUAUGCCCCUCCUACACAUUCACUUUCCCCCACACCCCUGUUCAACCCCUCCUCCUCCCUCUUCCCUUAUCAGGAGGCGCAUUGCUGCAGCCAGUGGGGCCAUGAUUUCCGCCCCGACUAUGCUCAUCUCUCAGUGCUAAAAAAGCAGUUCCCCAAGACGCCCAUGCUCGCCCUCACAGCAACAGCAACUGAACGAGUGAGGGACGAUGUGAGGGACAUGCUUCAAAUGCGGCGAUGCGAGCUCUUUGUUUCCUCUGUCAAUCGACCCAACCUCUUCUAUGAGGUGCGGGAGAAGCCGCCUGGUGCAGCUGCUGCUGUGGAGUCGAUUGCUCACUUCAUUCUGGAGCACUAUGCGCCUUCUGACUCGGGCAUUGUCUAUUGCUUCUCACGCAAGGAGUGCGAGCAGGUAGCAUCGGAGCUGUCGCUGCGGGGCAUCCCGGCAGCGCACUACCAUGCCGACAUGGACCCUUCCCAUCGCACUCAUGUGCAUGUGAGCUGGAGUCGGGGGGAAGUGCAAGUCAUUGUGGGCACUGUUGCAUUUGGAAUGGGAAUCAACAAGCCUGACGUUCGGUUUGUGAUACACCAUACUCUCAGCAAAUCUAUAGAGACCUACUACCAGGAGAGUGGGCGAGCAGGCAGGGAUGGGCUGCCGGCUCGCUGCAUUCUCUUCUUCCGAUGUGCGGACCUGCCCCGACAGAGCAGCAUGGUAUUUGCAGAGAACGCUGGGCUGAUCAAUCUGUAUGCCAUGGGACGGUAUGCCAUGAAUCGCCGUGAGUGUCGGAGAACGGCCAUCUUCAGACACUUCGGGGAGGAGCCGAGGGAAUGCGAAGGUAUGUGUGACAUUUGCAGCCAGGGAGGAGGAGGAGGGGAACGAACAGCGCAGCAGGACUUUACUCCCCACGCCCGUUCCAUACUCGAAUUCGUUCAAGAAACCCAAUCGUCCAAGGAGAAAUCCCUCACACUGUUGCAGCUUACAGAGCAAUGGCGAACAGGAGGCAGGGGAGGAGGAGGGGGAGGCGGAGGAGUGGGGAGAGGGAAUGUGAAGGGAGGGGGAAAAGGGGAAUCCGAGAGUUGGGGUUCGUUGGUGAAAGGGAUCACUAAAGAGACAACAGAGCAGCUUAUAACGCAUAUGCUCCUGUCAUCUGUGCUGAGGGAGGAGUUUCAGCACUCGCCAUUUGCCACAAACGCCUACCUGCUUCCGGGCCGCAAUGCACACCGCGUCCUCACAGGUCAGAUGCGCGUUACAAUGGACAUCCCAAGACAAGCAACAACAACUACAACUCAUCCUCCUGCUGACCCAAGCGUUUCAACUGCACGAACCACCACUAUCACCAACACCGCAACUGCUACGAGUGCAGCCGCUGCUGCAUCUGACGCAAAGCUCUCCCGCCGCCUCGACCAAUUGCGUCGCUCCGUUGCCUCUCAACACGGCGGCCUGUUCCCACAUGCUGUGCUCUCCUCCCAUCAUCUCUUCGCUCUCUCGCAGUCGAAACCAGCCUCCAUGCAUCAGGUACGGCCCUCUUCACGCCUUCACACCUCCGUUGCAUCUCAACACAGCGGCCUGUUCCCACAUGCCGUGCUCUCCUCGCACCAUCUCUUUGCUCCCUCUCACUCCAAGCCAGCCACCAUGCAUCAGCCGCCAUGCCUCAGGUAA